CGCCCGCUCCCCUCAGCCCCGCCAGCCGGAAGUGAGGGGCCGGCCCGCGGCGAGGCACCGCCCCCAGCGCGCGCGCGCCCCCCCGGGCAUGCGCAGCGGGGAGGGGCAGUCCCGGGGCGCGCCCGCGGCCGCCGCCAUGGUGUACAUCUCCAACGGACAAGUUUUGGAUAACCAGAGCCGGGCUCCUUGGCGCUUGUCAACGAUAACAGAUUUCUUCUGGUCCAUAGCAGAUUUUGUGGUCCUAUUUUUCCAGAGCAUUAUUCAACCAGAUUUGAGAAGAAGAGGCUAUACGUCUUCCUCCUAUUCCGGAUACAAUGAUGGAAGAGGGCCUCCAGCACAUCCUCGCCGGAGGAUGGGUCGAAUAAAUCACUGGGGUGGAGGCCCCAGUCCACCACCAAUGGCUGGAGGUGGAUGAGGAAGGUAAAUGCCUGCUGAAGAGGCAGGCAAAAGCAUACACAUCUGCAAGAUGAAAGGGAAGGAAUGUUUAGAGGUGGACCAAAUGAGUUUGAAUGUUGUGAAUGUGUAUGUCUAACUGGAAACUGUUCUGUGAUAUAAGCAGAUUAAUGAAGUUGUACUGGGAACUCCUUCAAGGAUCCAGUGUAACUGAACUACAGUUUUAUUAAAUACAUGUUUACUGUCUAAAGUCUUUGUAUAGUUUCUGAACAUUUUACUGUAGUUGCAAAGUAAUAAGUAAAUUAUAUUUGGCUUGUCACAA